CUGUAUAGGCUCCGGCGCGGUUUUGCCCCUGUAACCCUAGCAGAGUUCACCCUUAACAACCCUGUCGACUACUACGACGUCAGCCUCGUCGACGGAUUCAAUGCACCCAUGUCGAUCAUUCCAAGAGGAUAUCGGUCAUCUAGAUCUACGUCGUCGUGUCAGACCAUAAGGUGUGACUCUGAUCUGAACCAGAUUUGUCCAAAGGCUCUGCAGGUUGUGAACAAGGCCGGAGAUGUGGUUGCCUGCAUGAGUGCGUGUUUGGCGUUUACCUCACCGGAAUACUGUUGCACAGACGAUUUUGCGAACCCGGAUAAAUGUAAACCGACGGAAUAUUCGAGGUUGUUCAAGAACGCGUGUCCGAGGGCAUAUAGCUACGCGUAUGAUGACCCGACGAGUAUUUACAUGUGCAGAGGUGCUGAUUACCUCAUUAAUUUCUGUUGACGAUAGUAGAAAUCUGUAAUAGAUGGAUAGAUUUUGCAAGCUCGUUAGGGAAAUGAGGGAAGACAGGUACUUGAUCACAAUAUUCACAAGCUUAAUUUCUGCUUAAUCUUAUAGACAAGUUAAACACAUGUAGGAAACUUUCAGCAACUUUCUAUGAUAUAUCUUUGAAUCCUUGCUCAAAAUUUCUCAGCUUGAAACACUCGUUUUUCAGAAGUGAAUGUAAGCCGUUGUUAGUCAGAGCACUCUCUGCACUUUUCAUUUAUUCACAUCAUAAAUUACCUUUCA